GAACAAAUGAGUUACCGUGAUGUUUUUCUAACAUUAGCCAGACAAAGUUGCCUCGGCGCUCGGACAAGGAUCGAAAUCAAAGACUUGCCGUUUCAGAUCCAACCCGAUUUCAUCUUCCUUUCUUUCAACUUCCAUCUUUUCAGUAAAUUCAAUUCAAUUCAACCAUCACAUGAUUGAUUCUCCAUUGACAUUGCUUCAUCAACAACAACAUGGACAACAAUAACAACAAUAACACUCUUGUCUCCUUUCUGUUUCUUCUUCUCUUUAUCUUUUCAACUGCUUCUUCAUCGACUAUUGUCAAUUUUCAUCAACCUUUUCCCAUUGUUGAACCUGAUCCUGGUCAUACAAAACUCCGUCUUUCACCGGAAGGCUUGGAGGCUAUCGAGAAGAUAACAAACCCCAUUGCAUCUGUGGCUGUAAUUGGACCUUACCGCUCUGGAAAGUCUUUUUUGCUUAAUCAACUUCUCUCUCUUUCUUGUUAUGAAGGGUUUGGUGUGGGGCACAUGCGUGAUACGAAAACAAAAGGAAUAUGGAUUUGGGGAACCCCUAUAGACUUGGAAAUCGAUGGAGUUAAAACCUCUGUCUUUUACAUAGAUACAGAAGGUUUCGAAAGCAUCGGGAAGUCGAAUGUAUAUGAUGAUAGGAUAUUUGCUCUGGCAACUGUAAUAAGUUCUGUGCUUAUCUAUAAUCUGCCCGAGACGAUACGUGAAGCUGACAUUUCUAGACUCUCGUUUGCGGUUGAGCUUGCUGAAGAAUUUUACGGAAGAGUGAAGGGCCAGGAUGUUGCAUUUGAACCUGCUAAGCUCUUGUGGCUUAUCCAACGCGAUUUUCUGCAAGGGAAAUCAGUGCAACAAAUGGUGGAUGAAGCUCUUCGACAAGUCCCCAAUACUGAUAGAGACAGAAAUAUUGAUAUGAUCAAUCAAAUCCGAGAUUCAUUGGCUAUAAUGGGUGACAACAGUACGGCUUUUAGCUUACCACAACCACAUCUCCAGCGGACAAAGCUUUGUGACUUGAAGGACGAGGACCUUGAUCCAUCCUAUGUGAAGAAAAGAGAUAAACUAAAGGAUCUUGUUUCUAGCAUAAUCCGUCCAAAGAUUGUACAGGGAAAAUCUCUAAACGGGAAAGAGUUUGUUUCCUUCCUGAAGCAGAUACUCGAAGCCUUGAACAAGGGAGAGAUUCCAUCAACAGGUUCCCUUGUGGAGAUUUUCAACAAGGAUAUUCUUGAAAGAUGUCUUAAGUUAUACAGUAGCAGGAUAGCAACCUUGACUCUACCUCUUUCAGAAGGAUCUCUACAGCUGUCCCAUGAUGCAGUUAGAGGUGAAGCUAUGCAAGCAUUCGAUCAACAACAUUUUGGCCGUCACCAUGCUAAGAAAUCAAUCACGCAACUAGAUGAAGAAAUAGACAAGGUAUUUAAGAAUGUCGUUUUACAAAAUGAAUAUAAAUCUUCAAAGCUUUGUGAGGCGCUGUACACCGAAUGUGAGGAUAUAAUGGAUCAGCUUCAAGUUCUCAAGCUUCCUUCGAUGGCAAAAUUUAAUGCAGGUCUCGAAAAAUGCAAUCAUACUUUUGAGCUUGAAUGUGUUGGACCUUCGAAAGCAAACUAUGAGGGACGCAUGGCAAAGAUGUUGGGAAAGUCUAAGUCUCUAUUUAUUAAGGAGUACAACCACAGGCUUUUCAAUUGGUUGGUGGCUUUCUCCUUGGUGACGGUAGUGCUUGGCCGGUUUAUUAUAAAGUUCAUUUUGGUUGAAAUCGCAGGAUGGUUACUUUUUAUAUUUCUGGAAACCUACACAAGGUUGUUUUGGUCAGCCGAGUCACUUUACUACAACCCAGUUUGGCAUUUUAUAGUUGCAUCUUGGGAAACUCUUGUUUACAGCCCUGUCCUCGAUCUUGACAGAUGGGCUAUUCCACUUUGUGCAAUACUAUCUAUUUUCAUUCUAUAUUGGCGGUGUUUUGCAAAAAGGAAGCAUGGAUCGCGAUGGCUAUUACCAUUAUAUAGCAGCAAUAAGAAUGGUGCAAAUAGACCAAGAUCAGACUAAAAUUCACGACGAAUUCGGUUGGAGGCCAUUCUCAUGCUUCUAAUCGGUUGGAGGACAUUGCCAUGCUUCUAAUGUACUUCCUUCGGGCGAGCUUUUUCUUUUUUUGUACAUGGAGCACGCCUGCAUGCAUCUAGUUUUGUUGCAUGCACACAGUGUAAAAAGAUAGAGGGUGAAUGGUUAUUUCUCCCAUAGCUUAUGUAGCUUGUUCUUUGCAGCCACAACAUCAUGUUGAUUUUGCCAAUGAAUUCUUACUUGGCAAGUUAUAUUUAUGUGACAUUUUAGAGUAAAUUGAAAUUUAGAUACAUGUAUGUGGUGUGCCACUAUCGUGUAUUGACAUGUAGACAGGUAAAUAUAUAAAACAUGAAAGGAAAUAUGUUUAUUCUUUUGUUAUCA